AUGGGGGGGGAGGAAUACAGUGCAGAACAAAUCCAGUGGUUUCUAAUAGCACUGGAAGACUCUCAUGGAUGUCUGGAUCUCAUCUCAACAUGGCCGUAUGGAAUCCUUUGUAUCCUGGAUGACCAGACCUGCCUGCCUCAAGCUACAGACCACACAUCCUUGCAGAAGUGUCACUAGCACCAUGGCAACAGCCCCUACUACACAAAGCCCAAAAUUCCUCUCCCAGUGUUCACAAUAUAUCACUAUGCCGGGGCUGUCAUGUCCCAGAUGCACAACUUUCUAAUUAUAAAUCACAACCAGUUUCAGCCAGAUGUAUUUGAGCUUUUUGCUCGCAGCAGGUUACAGAUAGUAUCAGGUCUCUUCCGAAAGGUUCGGGAGAAUUAUAUUCAGCAGAAAGAGCUUAGAAGAGUCCAUCGAAACAAGAUUUCAACAGUAGCUGCUCACUUUUAACAGUCACUUAUAGAUCUCCUCACCCAUUUGGAGAGAACCACAUAGCUAAGACAUGGAGGGAUACUGGAGACCAUUCACACGAAAGAGGGAUUUCCUGUUCACAUCCCCUUCAGUAUGUUUAUGGAGAGGUAUGGCGUGUUACUAGCCCAGAGACCUUUACACCUGUCCUGUAAAGAACAGGUAGUGGCUUUAUCGGACUCUACUGGAGCAGACAAAGGCCAGCAGCAUCUAGGACUCACAAAGGUGGUUUUAAAAGAGACUCUCCUCCAGAGGAUAGAGUAAAAAUGGAGCAGUACCCAAACAUGGGCAGCAGUCACCAUCCAAAGGAAUAUUCGUGGCAUCAUUUGUCGCAACUUCCGUUUCUUUAAACAGAAGGCUAUCGUCAUCCUGACCCAUAUCAGGGGCCAACAGGCUAGGAAGUACUGUAAUAGACUGAAGCAGUCCUUCACUCAAUUCUGGGCAACUAUAAUGAUCACCCAUGACAUCGUCAAGAGACUUCAUCGGAGGGAACAUACUGACAAAACCAGAGUGAAGCACGUUGCAAAACCUACAUCUACCUCUUCAGAGAUGGAUGUGGGUAUAUUGGAGAUCCCGGCAGAACUGUCAGCCAGAUUACGCAGUGCAACAGGGCAACCUCAAGGAUCAGGGGUAACAGAAGUAGCUCUGCCACAAGUCAAAGCAGAACACAACCUGUCACUCCCCCAAAAUAUUGACAGCCAUCCUUUCUCUCAAUAUGCUAACACAGUAUUAAAGGAUGGAUGGUGCCAACCGCAUGGAUACCCGCUACAGAAGCCCCUGACUUCUCUUGACCCUGAGGAUGCCCGUACUGCUCUAGAAAUCUACAAAUUGAUCAUGCGUUUCACUGGAGAAUCAGAUCUGACAGGAUGGCAAGAGCAGAUGUUGGGCAACUACAUUGUGGAGAAGAGCCAGACUCGGCCCAACAUCAAAGAUGAGAUUCUAGCCCAGUUGGUCUACCACACUUGGGACGGGGAGAGAAAGGAGAGUGCCCUGCGAGGCUGGUUGCUUCUGGCCUGCUGUCUGAGUGCCUUCACACCCUCUCCUGCCCUGGAGAAACCUCUGCUCAAGCAUGUUUCAGAUCGAGGUCCAGGGGAGUACCGCUCUCUGUGCCAGCACAAGCUGCUCACAUCCCUCCAGCUUCCAUCACCUGCCUGUAGGCAGCACCCUCCAACUCAGCUCGAGUGGACAGCCAAUCAGAGAAUAGGAAAGAUGGUGGUGGAGGUUAACACAUUCAAUGAGGAGAGGUUAACUGUGGAGGUGGAGUCCUGGUCAACAGGGGAGCAACUGGGCUCCUGGAUACUUAGAUACAGGGGUCUGACUGAAGCUACACGAGGCUGGUCUUUGUCUCUGCUGGCUUGGGAAGGCUGGACCGAUUUGGCUGGGUGUGACUUUGUCAUGGAUCUCUUGGCUGAAGUGGAAUCUGAUGUACCCCUGGGUCACCCACCUGCACAACCUGAUUACCUCUUCAGUGGCAUGAGGGACAGGAUGAUAUCCACAGACCUUGAUGACUUUAUACCACCUGCUCCCUCUAUGUAUGCCCCAGGGCUCCCCUCCUUUGAGGCAUCUCAAUGGGACACCUACAAACCCAUUUCUACAUCCCAGGGAUCUCGAGGACAACAGAUGGAUGCUUACGUUGAUGACCUCUUUGACCCUGUUUUUGAUCAGGGUACUCCGGACUUUGAACAAAUGGCCAUGCUGAAUCGUAGAAUGAGAGGAGGAGGAGGGAUGAUGCCCAGCAUGUACACUGGAGCAGGUAAAGUUUUAUGUCUUCCUCCACUUGCAUUAGGAAUGCCAUUCAAUCCUGUCAUGGCUGGCUAUGGUGCCACACCGAUGAUGCCAAAUAUGAUGCCCAAUGCUGCAGCCAUGAGCAUGAUGCAACCCAUGCCACGUAAGCAUGCCUGCUGCCCAUCUGUCAACACAGACCAAACAGCUGCUCAGCAGCAGGCUUUUAUCAAUCAACAGGCUUUGCUCCUGUCUCAGCAGAUGACCAUGCAGGUGAAGACACUGUCCCAGCAACAGCAGCAGGAGGAGUUGCACAAACGUCAGAAAGAGUCUCAUAGUCAAUCACCACGGGAAUGGCGCCGCUCUCCUCCACGUGCACGUGCACGCUCACCCUCACCCAAACCUAAAUCCAAACCCAGCCACCCCCAGCCAGAGAGAACCAGACCUCAGAGCCCCAAAAAAGCCCUCGAGCCCCCUCCAAAGGCCCCAGCCCUGAGGUACAGCCUGAGAAAGAGGUGGAUCUUAAGGCCCCAGAAGUGCAAGGAUCCUUUCAAGAAAAGAGACAUUUUUUUCAAAAUAUUGGUUAGUGAACACUGGACAUCAGAGGCACGCCCAAAGCCUGCACCAAAAGUUGCUAAGCCACUGAUCUACGCCUCUCCACCAGUGUUUGAACCCAAAUCACCUCCUCAAGUCAAGACUGAAGUGAAAGCCCUCCCAGAACCUCCUAAAAUGACAGAACCUGAACCAGAAUAUCCAGAACCCACCUCUCCUAAACCAGAACCUACUAGUAACAUUAGAGAGAUUAUCAAGCGGUAUCAGAGCCGGCCUGCUCCAGAACCUAAAUCCUUCAGACCUGUCAAAGUUCCGGCCAAGAACUUUGUAAAGAAGAAUGAUCCAAAAGAAGAGGCACUGGCCAUUCUCAAAGCUCAGGGACCUGUCUCUCAGCAGAAGAAACAAUGGGAAGAGACACCACCUCCACCCCCUCUACCCCCUGAAUCUUCCACCCAUGUCCCUCGCACCAUCUCCAACAAUAUGAAACAGAAACAGCUCUCAUUAGCCGAUCUCUUUGGCUCGCAGCGAUCGCAGGCUCCGCCUUCGCCUCCACGUCCAGACCCCAUCCCCUCUCCUCCUCCCAGCAUUCCUGACCCGCCACCAAUGCCUACACCAGGAAUUGGUAAACUGGCUGAGGAGGAGAAUGUUCGCUCCCAGAUACAUCGAUUCUCGACCGGUGUGCAUUUUUCCUACUCCAGUAUGCCUGGCAAACUCUUCCUACGGAAGGAGCUCUUCUAUCCCAGAGAGAAAUUCAACAACCCAUACGUCCUCAAUUUACUCUGUGAGCAGAUCAUGAGAGACACUUACUCUGAUUCUUGUCUGAGGAUUUCAUGUGAAGAACGACAAAAAAUGAAAGAUCUGUUGGCAAGUUUUCACAUUGGAGCUAGCAUCAGCGCUCUAGAGGAUGAUGCCAUGAAGAAAAGAGUCGUCAUGGCAGCAAGGGACAACUGGUCCAAUUACUUUGCACGUCUCUUUAAUGUGAAGGUGGUAAAUGGAGGAGAUGCUCAGAUUCUGAGUGUGUCUCAUAGAGGACUCAGACUGCUGAAGGUGGCCAGAGCAUCAAGCAUAAACCCCAAACAUCUAAAACUGCUGCACAGCUACAGCUAUGCACAGGUGUUGUCAGUGCAGACACAAGGUGCUGGAAAGGUGGUGAUCUCUUUGAGUAAUGAGGAGUUAGAACUUUACUCCUCACAGUCCCCACAGAUUGCUGCUGUCAUUAAUCUCUUCCUCAUGGAACUGAUCAAGGACUCAGAGUAUGUGAUUGCUAUAAAGAGCUAUGUAACAGAUGACAGGAGCUUGCUGAGCUUCCAAAGAGGUGAUGUCAUCAAACUCCUGCAGAUGGAUGGACUUAAGGAUGGAUGGAUGUUUGGUUCCACUGGAGGCCGCUCCGGACUCUUUUCAGUGGAUGUCACUCAGCCCUGUGCACCACCAGACUACCACAGCAGCAACCUGGAGCGCCAGCUUGAAAAGAGAAAGAGUAUGAGACUCUCUAGUUCCUCCCUCAAUAUCCCUGCUGUCCGUUCAGUGCCAGCCAACAAGGAGAAAAGUGUGGAUGGGAGGUCCAUCCAGCGAUCUGAAUCAGACCGUCGGCAGUAUACCAUGACUGAAUUUGCCAAGAAAUUCUUCACAGAGGCCAUCACCAGACCAAAUAUGAAAGACCAUCCUAAUGGUGGGAAUGAGAUGGUGGAAUACACUACGAAUCCCAUUCAAGAAUCCCUUAUCCUUUUCUCAGACAAAGAGCUUAAUCACCUGGGUGCUCAGAAUUUUAUGGUUUUGAUGCAGUUUAUGUUAGAUCAGCCUCUGAAGAGAAAUCAGACAGAGGGAGACUGUGUUAAAUUAAUUCUACAUCUUGGAAAAGAGAAGGAGUCCCUCAGAGAUGAGAUCUACUGCCAAGUCGUCAAGCAGACCACCAAAAACCCAGUCAAGGAGAGCUGUACCCGUGGUUGGCGUUUGCUGAAUCUGGUGACUGGAUUCUUCACCUGUUCUAACACUCUCCUUCCAUAUUUCACCUGCCACCUGGAUACCAUCAUCCAGGACAUCAACCACCCUUUCCAGGAGCUGGCAAAUUUGUGUGAAAAGAAUCUCAGAAAAUCACUUAAUUUUGGAGGACGCAGACAUAUCCCCUCCCAUUCAGAGUUGGAUGCAAUCUUGACUGGGAGAAUCUCUCUUCGACUGCCCAUCAUAUUGCCGGGUGGAAAUGAAUUUACCUGCAAGAUUCGCAGCUUUAGUGUUGCAUUUGAGGUGGUUACAGAUAUUUGUACAGAGAUGGGUGUCAAGAAUCCAGAAGAGGUGAAGGAAUUUUCUAUCCAUGCCACUAAAAAAGGAGAAAAUAUAGUGCGGCUCAUUCACACUAAUGAGUAUCUGUUCGACUUCUUGUUGGAUGACGGCUCGAUCUCCCUCACCAUUCGUCGGGUUAUCUGGAAACAACCCCUGCACUUCAAAAAUGAUCUUUAUGUGGAUUUCCACUACCAGCUUCUCCUGGCUAAUUAUCUGGAAGGUAAGCUGUUGCUGCCUUCCAACAGUUCCACAAUCUACCAGCAAGUGGCAGAGUUAACCGUUCUUCAGCACAUCGCCCUCGGACUGACCCAACCACCCUCAAACCCUGAGGUGAAACAGUACCUUCCCAGGGUGGAUCAGAUCAGUGCCAAUGAUGAGAGAUUUCUUGCAACCGUACGGGCACAAUUUUCUGCCAUCGGCCCCCUGAAACAUCUUGAUGCCAAAGCUCGCUUUCUAAAAAGUGUUAGUUCGCUGCCACUCUUUGGAUCGAAUAUAUUCUCUGCUCAGAAAGUAAGCCAUCGCAGCUGCCCCUCUCCCUCCCUGAUUGCUGUCAACCAUGAAGAUAUUUUGGUCCUUGAUCCCAAAACACAGAACACAUGUUUGAAAAUAGCUAUGGAGGAUCUGCAGUCCUUGCGCUCAAUCCGUCCCAAAAAAGACAAACUGCCAUCAGUUGAGGUGAACUUUGGCAGCCCAAACAAUCUCAGGAUUGUCAGCUUCAGUAUGAAGCAGGCGAAGGAGCUAUGCCAUACCGUUGCUGUGAUUAUGGAGGAGGUGGUAAAACCCACUGCCUACAGUUACGUAUCCAGUCGGACCGGAACCCUAACUUAAACAACCUACAUAUGCAAACUCACAUUAUCAUCACAUUAUUCAAUCACCUAUGUGCUCUAAAAAUGUCUCCUGCCAUACAACAUGACAAACUUUGUAUUUACCUAAAGAUGUAGAAAAGUUUACAUAAGAUCAAGUCGAAUAAUUUUUAAAAAUUAUAAUUGAUGAGAGCUAAUAUUUUUUUAUAUGUUUUAAAUCAAUGAAAUAUGUUUGAUUUAGCUACUAUCAUUAUGAAUU